AUGGCCACAGAAGCAGCUUUCCUCGCACAUUUGCGUCUUGUCGUAUCACAGUCGCAUAUCACCCCUCAAGUACUUGAGCAUCAAUACUCAGGAUCAGGCACCGAGGAAGACCCUUAUAUCGUCGAAUUUCUACACAAUGAUCCUCGCAACCCACGCAACUUCCCGACCUUAGGAAAAUGGACCAUUACUAUUCUCGUCGCCAUUGCCACGUUUGGUGUCACAUUUGAUUCCUCUGCAUAUACCGGUGGCAUACGGCAAAUUAUAGAACAGUUCGACGUCAAUCAAGAGGUUGCCACGCUUGGUGUAUCACUAUUCGUCCUAGGUUUCGCUAUAGGUCCUCUACUCUGGGCACCUCUUUCAGAACUAUAUGGUCGUCAAAUUGUGUUCACAGCGACUUAUGGAGUACUUAGCAUCCUGUGUGCGGGCGCAGCUGGAAGCCAGAAUAUCCAAACCCUCAUUUCCCUGCGGGCCUUUGCUGGUGCUUUCGGAUCCAGUCCUUUGACAAAUGCUGGAGGUGUCAUUGCGGAUUUGUUCACGGCAGAGCAGCGUGGACUGGCGACCGCUUUCUUUGCCGCUGCUCCAUUUCUUGGGCCUACUCUCGGACCUAUCGUUGGUGGCUUUGUUGGGGAGGCUGAAGGAUGGAGAUGGAUCAUGGGUUUGAUGGCCAUUUUCAACGGCACCUUGUGGAUCCUGUGCACCCUCAUGGUCCCAGAGACAUACCCACCGGUCCUGCUUUCAAUGCGUGCGAAGAAGUUAAGCAAGAUCACAGGGAGAAUAUAUAAGAGCAAGUUGGAAUUCGACAUGAAGAAGAGAACGACAAGCCAGGUCUUUCAAACUUCCUUAGCGCGCCCCUGGGCACUCCUCUUGCGUGAGCCCAUUGUGCUCUUGCUCUCAACUUAUAUGGCAAUUAUUUAUGGGACUCUCUAUAUGAUGUUCGCAGCAUUUCCUAUUGUGUUCCAGCGGGAUCGGGGUUGGAGUGCGGGCAUCGGAGGUCUACCUUUUUGCGGUGUGGCCGUCGGCAUGAUUUUGGCUGUUAUAUAUACCAUUCCCGAGAAUAAGCGCUAUAUCAAAGCCGCUGAGAGAACUAGUCGUGGGGCACCGCCUGAGCAACGCCUUUUUCCUGUUAUGGUUGGAUCUAUAUUUCUCCCACUGGGGCUUUCUGGUAAGUUCGCGUGGACAAAUUACCCAUCAAUCCACUGGAUUGUUUGCACUAUCGCCACAGUUCCAUUCGGGUUCGGCAUGGUUCUAGUCUUUCUUGGUAUUAUAAACUACCUUGUUGACGCCUACACGAUAUACACGGCCUCGGUACUAGCCGCUAAUAGUGUUCUCCGUUCGGUCUUCGGUGCAGUGUUCCCCCUCUUCACCAGCUACAUGUUCACCAAGCUAGGCAUUCAUUGGGCCUCAUCAAUUCCAGCGUUUCUAUCCCUUUUAUGCGUUCCGUUCCCCUUCAUCUUUUUUAAAUACGGACCGGCAAUUCGAAAACGGUGCAAAUAUGCGGCGCAUGCGGCACGAAUUAUGGGUGAGGUGGAGGAAACAGAACAGGAAAGAUCAUCAGGGGAGAAAUAA